UACCACAAGCACUGUGGAGGUGUAAUCACACAAGGGAGACGCUCUCUGCAAGACCUGAGAAAAAGAAGUUGACGCUGCUGUCUGGCACAACGUGUGUAUUUUUCUCUAAAAGUCAAGAUGCCAGAAACAGCUGAGGCUGUGUCAGCCACUCUCACCACCAACAGAAACUGCACUAUAGAAAUAACCAAUGUCAGCGGUAGCUACUGCCUCAUUAACCCCAAGGUGUACAUGAAAAGUGGCUUCUGUCAACACCCGCCCCAGCCCACGAUUCGUACCACCAAGACGGAAGUGUGCUCCUUCACCAAGGAUGACAACACUGCCACGGGUGCCGUCGGCGUUCUAACCUACGAUUUGUUCCAUAUGCAGAGCCGCGUUUGCUCCGAGCGCGUGGCUAUCAUGUUCUCUGUGCCUUUUGACCACAACCUGUAUAAGAACCAGCUGGCCAUAGGUGUGUUUGAGCAAUCCCGUGCUUGUGACAAACAGCUGUAUGACCAGAUGUAUGAUGGGAAGGAUCUCAGCAACUUCACCCGCUCUGAAGCAAAUGGCUGUGGGCUGGAGUACAAGGCAAGAUAUGUUGAUCUGAGGGCCACAAUGUCUACAGUUGGAAAAGCCAUGGUUAAACUGGAGCUCUAUGAUAAAAUGGGUCAUUAGUGUGAAGUCUACUGGUGUUCUGCUUUUCUGUGUUUUCUUGUUUUUGUAGUCGCAGAAAAAUAAACUUCAUUUGAUUUGACGACUCUUGUCAUCCUAAAAAAAAAACAUUUAGGAGAAGAGGAAGACUGAUUUUGCUGUCAUCUGUAUUUUGUGUCUGCUGAAAGAUAUCAAUAUCUGACAGCCACCUCAUUGAUUCUCCAUUAGCUUAGCUCUUGGGCUCAUGUACACUGAAUACUCUAUUUUCGUUUAUUAUGGUAAUAAAGCAUUCAGACCCAA